AUGGCGGAGGCCGAGGGGGGAUGUCAGUUGCAGGAGGAACGACGAGAAGUAUCCGGUAACAACGAGAAGGUUUCUCGUGAGCAUCCGGUGUUGGUAGACUGUCUUAGGUUGGAAAAAACAAGGAUCGUGUGUAACUUACUUUCCACAGGAAGAGAUAUCGACCCUGGAUUAAUUCCCUUCUUAGUUGAGAACCUGGCAAGGAAUGAUUAUCCGGAUCUUCAGUUUGAAGCUGCCUUUGCUCUCUCAAAUAUUGCAUGUCGCUCUUCUGCUCAUAUUUAUGCGGUGGUUGAACAUGAUGCUGUGCCUAUCUUCAUAAAGCUCCUGGAUUCUCCUAGGGCUGAUAUUCGCGAGCUGGGCGUAUGUGCAUUGGGAAACAUUGCCGGUUUCUCUCCUAGCUGUCGUGAUUUGGUUCUGAGGAAAGGGGCUUUGUCUCCAUUGCUGGCACGAUUGAAUGAGCAUGUGCGUCGUGCAGUUCCAGCUCUCCAACUAUUAAUUCAUUUUGGUGACAAGGUCGUGCUAGAAUAUGCAUGCUGGGCUCUGUCAUAUAUUUCUGAUGGUUCAAAUGAUCAAAUCCAAGCUUUAAUUGGGGCGGGUGUCUGUCCACGGCUUGUGAAGCUACUCAUGCAUACACCGGCUUGUGUGCUGUUUCCUGCACUUCGCACUGUUGGGAAUAUUGCUAGAGGAGAUGAUCGUCAGAGACAGUGUAUAAUUGACCAUGGGGCGCUUCUUUGUUUGCAAAUACUUUUGAAUACUGGAGAUAAUAUAAUCAUCAUGAAAGAAGCUUGCUCGACCAUCUCUGCUUUUGCUGCUGGAAAUGCGAAGCAGAAUCAGGCAGUAUUUGAUGCCGAGUUGAUUCAACCGUUAUUUUUCUUGCUAGAAGAAAAGUCUCCUGAUCUAAGGGAAGAAGCUGGGAAGGCUAUUAUAUCUGUUAUCGCUGGUGGAAGUUGUAACGGAAUCAGGGCUUCGGGUUUGAAGGGCUUUAUAAGACCAUUAUGUGAUCUUCUGCGGAGCCGUGAUCCCGAGAUCCUUAAUGUUUGUCUGGAUGGGCUGGAACUCUUAUGUAAACCCACUGAAGAAGAAAAGCAGCCGGGAUGCUACAAUUACUUUGCAAGAUUGAUGGAUGAAGCUGAAGGCUUGGAUAGGAUCAAACUCUUGCAGACAGUGUCGGAGUACCCUGAAAUCCGUGAAAAAGCAUUGAAGAUUUGGGAUCCGUUAUAUAGUGAGGCAUUAAAAGUAUGGAAGUAUUUUGAAGAGCUGGGAGACGUAUUUUUUUGA